AUCGCAGGAAAGCAGCGGGCGCGGAGCGCUCUCCCUCUGGCUAGCUGCGGAGCUGCGCAUGCGCUAGGGACUUUGGGGCGGAGCGGACACGGAGAGAGAGAGAUGAGUCUGUUGGUGCGCGCCGGGACCUGAAAUUCCGGGGGAACUGCGCACGCGCGCCGGGCCUGCGCACGAGCGGCGAGCUCGACGGCGCAGGCGUAGGAGGGGCUCUCGCGGGGCGGGAGGAGGAGCCUCGGCAGCCUCGAGCUCAGUGUGCGGCGGGAGGCGGACGAGGAAGGAGCUCCCGGCCCGUUAACCCUUUCCCCGCCGCCGGUGCCGCCUCCUCCGCCGCCGCCGCCCCAUGCAAGGCAUGAUCGAGAUGGCGGCGGACAAGGAGACCUUCUUAGUGCCGGCCCCGCCGCCGCCCCUCCUCAAACCCCCGCCCAGAGGAGGAGGGGGCGGGGCCGGAGGGGGGGACGUCCCCCUGGUGCAGCUGCGUCAGGGGGCCGCCCCGGCGGAGCUACCCCAGGAGGACGCCCAGGCCCAGCCAGCAGCAGCAGGAGGAGGAGUUGCUCAUAGGGGCCCCUCCUCUGCCAGGGUGAACCAGGGGCCCCAGGACCCUCACCCCCCCGCCCAGCGCAGACCCCCAGCCAAAGGAGGGGGUCCCUUCGCAGCAGCAGCCUCCGAGGAAGGGGAAGACAGCGUCUCCGAGCUUCAGCGGCCCCGCAACGGCUUCCAGCCCCCGCCCCACCACCAGCCCCGGGCCCCCGGCGGGGGCAAGAGGCGCAGCAGCUGCAACGCCGGCGGAGGCUUCAAGCACCCGGCCUUCAAGCGCCGCCGGCGCGUCAACUCCGAGUGCGACCCGGUGCUGCCCUCCGAGUUCCUGCUGGGGGGCAACAUCUUCGACCCCCUCAACCUCAACAGCCUGCUGGACGAAGACGUCAACCAGGCGGUCAACGCCGAGACCCCCAAGUCCUCGCCGCUGCCCGCCAAGGGACGGGACCCUGUGGAGAUCCUCAUCCCCAAGGACAUCACCGACCCGCUGAGCCUCAACAACGCCCAGGAGGACCCCCCGGUGCUGGCGUCGCCCGUCAAGCCCGGGCGGAAGCGGCACCGGCACCGGGGGGCGCAGAGGGGGACGGCCGGGCUGGAAGGAAGCGGCGGCAAACCCCCGCUGCCCGCCUCGUGCAAAGCGUGCCAGAAGACGUGUAACGGGGCCACGCCGCAGCCCUACGAACUCAACACGGCCAUCAACUGCCGGGACGAGGUGGUGUCGCCCCUGCUGCCGGCCGCAGGGGAGGCUCAGCCUGGGCAGCAGGCCUCUGGGGGCGCCACACCGUCGGGCACUUCUGUGGCCUCCUGGACGGCCGGGGGCAGCAGCAGCAGCCGCCACCACCGCAAGCGGCGCAGGACUAGUAGCAAGUCAGAGGGAGGAGGAGGAGGAGGCCGGCAUCCGGGGACCUCCACGUCCGGCGAGCAGCCCUGCCGAAGCAGCCCGGACCGGGGGCACAGUGUGCCGAGGGGCCGCCACCCUCCGGCUGCUUCUGGCCAGUCGGUCCGGCGCCAGCCGCCACGCCACAAGUUCCAGUACGGCAACUACUGCAAGUACUACGGCUACCGCAACCCCAACUGCGAAGACCCGCGCCUGCGGGUGAUGAAACCCGAGUGGUUCCAGGGCAAGGAGGUUCUGGACGUGGGCUGCAACGUGGGGCACCUCACCUUGAGCGUGGCCAAGAAGUGGGGACCCGCCAGAAUAGUGGGGGUGGACAUUGACGGCGCCCUCAUCCACUCGGCCCGCCAGAACAUCCGGCACUACCUUUCGGAGGAGAUGCAGGAGCAGCAGCAGCGGGACCACGAUGGUGGUGGCACCAGCAGCGAAGGGGCCAGGCGUGCCAAGAAAACCUUCCCGGCCUCCCUCAUGGCCAGCCGAGGGCCCAUCGCUGCACCAAGGGUACCCCAGGACGGGGUGGACGCCACGGUCUUCCCCAACAAUGUGUUUUUCGUCAAGGUAAGGCGAGAGAGGAGACCUCCAAAAUUAUGAUUUCUCAGCUUGUAGAAGCUCUAGGGAAGAUGUCUGAAAACCUGGCUUUUUCAGCUCUGACUUUUAAAAUACGCCAGUUUAAAGUUGAUUUGGCACCAGUUGCCUUGUCACAGUUCCUUUUCCCAACAUUCCUUAGAACUGCCAUUUCCCAGCAUUCCUCAGUGCAAGGGGUGGUAGGCUUAGAAUCCUAGAAUUGUAGGCUUUGAAGAUUUCACCAGGGGUCAUCUAGCCCAACCCCCUGCAAGACAGCGGGGGGGGGGGGCAGAUUCGGGGGGGGGUCCACAUGGCAGUUACUUUCCUACAUGUGCAGGCAUGCCGUGAAGGAAUAAGGAUGGGGAGGAGGCGGGAACAUCCCGCCCUGUUCUACCAAGGCCACCUCUCGGAAGGGAGGAGCCAAUGAGGCUUUUUCUUCUGACUGGGCGACCUCGGCAGAGUGACACGAUUGGCCCAAUUGGGGUGGAAGGGUGGGAGGAUUAGGAGGCAACUUCCUGUCCAGGAGGAGGGGGAGUGGGCAAGAUUGGACCACGGUCUCCAGGCAUCUGGCUUAGCUGUUUGGGAACAGCAGAAAGGCUUUUGCUGGGGAAAGCCACAAGGCCCCACAUAAAGAACUGGGCCUUUGGGAGGAUUUGGGGCAGGGCAGGUGAGACCCAAUACCCAUGUGCUUCUUCCUUCCAAGGAGUGAUUGUGGGGGUGUAGAACGUCCCCCACCACCCUUGGUUAAUUGGGUCGUUAAGAACAAUCACUGUUUGAGCCUGCAAUAAAUCCAGUUGCCAGAUCAGCUUCCAGAGCACAGAUCAUCCUCUGAAUUCUGGUUGCUCAAGGCCGCAGGAGGGGAAAGAGAGCUCUUGCGCUUGAAUUCCGCUUUCGGGCUUCCUGUAAUCAUCUAAUUGGCCCCUGUGAAAACAAGGUGGAUGGGCCACUGGCCUGAUCCAACUGGCUGUUCUUGCGUUCAUGCCCAGUGCAGUUUGGCGAUUUAGUUCCCUUUCCCCUCUCUGUUGCUGAUGGUGGCUUGCGAUUUCCAACGGCUGACAUUCAGACGCAUUGCUGCCUCUGACUGUGGACAAUUGUGACAAGUAGCCAUCAAUAAUAAUAAUAAUAAUAAAUUUUAUUUAUAUCCCGCCCUCCCCAGCCGAAGCUGGGCUCAGAGCAGCUAACAACAGUAAAACGAUAAAACAUUCUAAAAUCAUUUCGUUAUAAAAUUAAUUCCAAUCAAAUUAAUGGCAACCAUUGGGCUAGAUGUUCUGUGAAGAUUGCCAAAGGAGGGAGUCAGGCUGUGCCCUGGCUAAAGGCCUGGUGGAACAGCUCUGUCUUGGAGGCCCUGCAGAAAGAUGUCAAGUCCCGCAGGGCCCUGGUCUCUUGUGGUAGAGCGUUCCGCCAGAUCGGGGCCACAGCCGAAAAGGCCCUGACUCUGGUGGAGGCCAGCCUAACCUCCCUGUGGCCCGGGACCUCCAAGAUGUUUUUGUUUGAAGACCGUAAGUUCCUCUGUGGGACAUAUCAGGAGAGGCGGUCCCGUAGGUACGAAGGUCCUAGGCCGUCUAGGGCCUAGCCCUCUCCUCCAUGAAUUUGCCUAGUUCUCUUCUAAUGCCAUCCAGGCUGCUGGCCAUGUAGGAGGGAGUUCCGCAGUUUAACUUCAGUUCCUUGACUGGACCUGUUUGCUUAAUGUUUCUCCAGGGAUGGAGAUGGUAGGGAAAAGGAUGUCCUGACAAUUGCUUGGGUGUUGUUUUUUUUUGCGGGGGGGCGGGUGCCUCCUUGUUACUCUUUUAAGUUUGUCCCAUUGAGCGGGCAAUGGGACUUCCCGGGGAGGAAGGGAGCCCACGGUCGCCCCUUGGCACCUCCACUUGCAGGAUCUUGGGCAGCUACAGCAGAGACACCCUUUACCCGGAGCCAGGCGGCGCUGGGUGGAACAGGCCACAAAUCACGUGCGUCUUAAUGGCUUCUCCUUCUGUGUAAAGCGUUGGCAUGGCAGGGCCCCCUGGUGCCCGACGGCAGCCGUGUGGGAGAAAAUGUACAGAGAGGAGGAUCCUUGGUUGCGUUGGCAGCGGAGUUGCAGUCAAGUUGAGGCCAGGAUGGCCUUCCUGCAGAAAUUGGAAGGACGCUCCGCAGGAGGAGGAAAGGGAGAGCUCAGCUGAAAUCCUGCCCAGGCACCUUGUUCAUAAAGAAACCCUCCCCUGUGCUGUUGUGACUGCAGCCUGCCCUCAGCCUUUGAUGCGCUGGGCUCAAAGGGGAGAUCAAGUGUCGUCCCCGCCUCACCUGGCCUAACAACAAGCCCAAUUCCCCCUGAGCAAGGAGCUCUGUUGGAGCUGAGCAGCCCUCUGCCACAUAGGUGGGUGGGCAGGAUCCCUUGGCUGCCUCCUUCUGCAGCCAAGCUGCUGAUUAGCUCUGCCCACUGGAAAGCUAUACAGAGGUUGAUUGGGGCUGGCUGGCUUCCCACCCACACGACAGGUCCAGCGAGGGUGACGUGUGGAAGAGACACUUUCAACCCUGGAAAGCAGAGUGUGUGUGUGUGUGUGUGUGUGUGUGUGUGAAGUGGUCAGAGUUUGGGGCCUUUGCAACUCUGGAAAAAAUACUUCAUGCUGCGCCUUUGCCAACAGGUGCUGCCUCUGAUUACAGUGGUACCUCAGGUUACGGACGCUUCAGGUUACAGACUCCGCUAACCCAGAAAUAGUACCUUGGGUUAAGAACUUUGCUUCAGAAUAAGAACAGAAAUUGCGCGGCGGCGGGAGGCCCCAUUAGCUAAAGUGGUACCUCGCGUUAACAGUUUCAGGUUAAGAACAGACCUCCAGAACAAAUUAAGUUCUUAACCCGAGGUACCACCAUAUUAUUAUUAUUAUUAUUAUUAUUAUUAUUAUUACCACCACCAGCACUACUAGUACUACUAUUGUUUAUUAAAUUUGUAUACAGUGGUACUUCAGGUUAAGAACUUAAUUCGUUCUGGAGGUCCGUUCUUAACCUGAAACUGUUCUUAACCUGAGGUACCACUUUAGCUAACGGGGCCUCCCACUGCCGCCGUGUCGCCAUUUCUGUUCUCACCCCGAAGCAAAGUUCUUAACCCGAGGUAAUAUUUCUGGGUUAGCGGAGUCUGUAACCUGAAGCGUAUGUAACCCAAGGUACCACUGUACUGCCAAAGAUCAGAGGGGCGGUUCACAACAUAAAAAGACAAAAUGAGAGCACAAAACACUAUAAAAUAAAAACAAGCCAAUAAACUCCCCCCAGACGUUUGUGAUUAAAACCUAGCUGUGUUCCUGGCCCUCUUCCCUGUCCCAGCAGGAGCAGAAGAGUGGACUUGCCUAGACAAUAUUCACCCCUCUCUCUCUGGGUGAGGUUGCCCCUCUCUGCCAGGGCUAGUUCCAGAGCUAUCUAGCCAAGGUGUUGGAAGUGGCUUAAUUGGCAGACUCUGGGGCCACAGUGAGAAUAGGAUGCUGGACUACAGGGGCCCACUUUGGCCUGAACCACCACGUUCUCCUUGUGUUCUUACAGGACUAUUGUUUUAGGUUUGUUUGCUUGUUUUGCGGGAGGUGGGGCACAGAAUAGCACUUUCUCCCCUGCUACCCAUGUUCUGAUGCGGGUGGCGCUGUGGGUUAAACCACUGAGACCAGGGCUUGCCGAUCGGAAGGUCAGCGGUUCGAAUCCCCACAACGGGGUGAGCUCCUGUUGCUCGGUCCCUGCUCCUGCCAACCUAGCAGUUUGAAAGCACACCAGUGCAAGUAGAUAAAUAGGUACCACUCCGGCGGGAAGGUAAACGUUGUUUCCAUGCGCUGCUCUGGUUCGCCAGAAGUGGCUCAGUCCUGCUGGCCACAUGACCUGGAAGCUGCACGCCGGCUCCCUCAUCCAGUAAAGCGAGAUGAGUGCCGCAACAUCAGAGUCGGCCACGACUGGACCUAAUGGUCAGGGGUCCCUUUACCUUUACCCAUGUUCUGGAGUCUGGUUUUUUGCUCAGCUGAGGGGAGGCUGUGGCCUUGCUACACUUUUCCAGUUUGGAGAGCCUGCCUUAGACUUUCAACAUGUGCAGUGGAGAUUGUGCAAGGAGACCGGCUCUCUUAUUUUUAUUCAUUUUGGUGAGGGAUGGGGCAGUUGGCAUUUGGACUGCGCUGGGGAGAGGGCAACAAUGUGGGCCGCCCUUUGGGCAGCAGAAUGUGCAUCUAGCGGGUUAGUCUUCAGCUGGCCUUCUCUAAUGGAUCUCCCUCCCUACUUUUUCUCUUCCACACUCCCCCUUGCAGGGCAACUACGUGCUGGAGCAGGACGAGCUGCUGGAGGCCCAGAAGCCCGAGUACGACGUGAUCCUGUGCCUCAGCCUCACCAAGUGGGUGCACCUCAACUGGGGCGACGACGGCCUCAAACGCCUCUUCAAGCGGUUCUACCGCCACCUGCACCCGGGCGGAAUCCUGAUCCUCGAACCCCAGGCCUGGUCCUCCUACGGCAAGAGGAAGAACCUGACGGUGAGCCCAGAGGUUUGCAGCUGGGCUGGGGGGGGGGCGGAGAGCUUGGCUUCCUUUGCCUCCUCAUCUCUUGGACAGCCAUGUUGUUGUUGAGUCGUUUAGUCGUGUCCGCCUCUUCGUGGCCCCCUGGACCAGAGCACGCCAGGCACUCCUGUCUUCCACUGCCUCCCGCAGUUUGGUCAAACUCAUGCUGGUAGCUUCGAGAACACUGUCCCACCAUCUCGUCCUCCGUCGUCCCCUUCUCCUUGUGCCCUCCAUCUUUCCCAACAUCAGGGUCUUUUCCUUCUCUUCUCAUGAAGUGGCCAAAGUCUUGGAGCCUCAGCUUCAGGAUCUGUCCUUCCAGUGAGCACUCAGGGCUGAUUUCCUUCAGAAUGGAGAGGUUGGAUCUUCUUGCAGUCCAUGGGACUCUCAAGAGUCUCCUCCAGCGCCAGAAUUCAAAAGCAUCCAUUCUUUGGCGAUCAGCCUUCUUUAUGGUCCAGCUCUCACUUCCGUACAUCACUACUGGGAAAACCAGAGCUUUAACUAUACAGCCAUACCUUGUGUUAAAUGUGCUUCAGGUUGAGCGCUUUCGGGUUGCGCUCCGCGGCAACCCGGAAGUAACGGAGCUCAUUACUUCUGGGUUUUGCUGCUCACGCAUGUGCAGACAGUCAAAAUGACGUCACACGCGAAAGCUGAGAAUCACCAGACGCGCAGUCACGGGUUGCAUUCGCUUCUGGGUGCAAACGGGGUCUGGAACGGAUCCUGUUCGUAUCCAGAGGUACUACUGUAUGUGGCAUAACCCACCCAGACCUGUGGGAUAUAAAUAACAACAAAAAUUAAUUAUUAUUGUAGGGAGGUGGCUUAGUGUGGCCAGUUCCUAGUGGGGCAGUCGGGCAUUGCUGCCCUCCUUGAGAUACAGGCCUGUCUGCCAUGUGGCCCAGGGAAAUCGCAGCAGCAUUGGGCGCAGGCGGCACAGUGUAUCUGUGCAUCUGGCUGUUAACCAGAAGGUUGGUGGUUCGAGCCCACCCAGGGAUGGCUGCGGGCAGGAUUCUGCAGUGCAAAGGGGCUGGCCGAGAUGACCCUCCGGAUCCCUUCCAAUUCUACAAUUUUGGGACUCUUGAGUCCUGAAAUUGCAAGCGACCUUCGAGGGCCAUCCACACCUACCUCCUGCAAUGCAGGAAUCGCAGCUAAAGGAUCCUUGGCAGGCAGCCCCCCUGCCCCAACCCCUGCUUAAAAACCUACGAAGGAGAGCGCGCCAUCUUCCGAGGGCAUCAUCAUCAUUUUUAAUUUGUAUACCGCCUUUCUAUCUUACAAUACUCAAGGCGGUUUACAAGCCGAAGAAAGAAAAAAUGUACAUCUUGUAACAAUCUGAUGCAAUACAAAAAUGUGAUAAUAAAACAUAACUUUAAAAUAGGCAACCUCCAUCAAAAAGGUAACAUUCAACGAACAUUAGAAUAGUAUAAAAUAAUAAUAUCAGCUUAUAAAAAUUAAACAGAAACCCACCCAACAGUUACAAUAAUAUCUAAACUAUAAUCAAUAAAACAACGGCAAGCCACAGUACAUAAAACAAUACAAUACACAUUGAGAAGCAGAGACUAGGGCAAGGCAGGUGGAAGGAGGCCUUGCCUGAUGGAGUAUCUCCCCUCGCAGUUCUUCCUCCAGGAACAGUUCCCAGAAAGUUCUUCCUGCUGUUUAGGCAGAACCUCCUUUCCCGUCCUUCGGGUCUGUUGCUUUGGGUCCCCCACCCCUUCCAGGGCAGCAGAAAGCAAGCUCGCUGCACCGUCCACGUGACGGCCCUUCAGAUAUCUGAAGAUGGCUCUCGCAUCACCAUAUCGCUCCUACCCGGAAGGCCUUGCUGCAGUUCAGCAGCCCAGGCCGAAACCGCCAGCCUUGCCUGUUCGAGGAUGCCAGAGAGAAAUAAAGAUAGCAGGGAGGAGAGAGGCAGAGGUGGGCUCAAGGGAGCAGCCAACUUGGGGGGGGGGGGGGGUUUGAUCACGGUGCCCAGCAGGCAAAGGUCACCAAGCUUAACCAGGAGCCAUUUGCCCCUGGGCCAAGCGACCAGGUGAGAUUGACGUGGCACAAUCCUUUCCUGCUGCUAAGUUCCUCUUCUCCGCUCUAAUUUUUGGCAUCCUUGUGGGAGGAUGCGGUCAGGAUCCAAAACAGGAGCAAGGAAGCAACUUUGGACUUUCUGCAUUCACGGCUGUGCCCCUCCCUCGUGCCAUGCGAGACGAGGGAUGCCAGGGUCUGCUAUGUCAUCCCAAACGUGUUCAGAGCCAGUUGUGUUUUCUGUGUGGGUCAAGGGCCAGAGCACUCUGCACAUGCUCGGGGCUGUUAACGGAGAAAUCUGAGGGCUCCCUUGGACAAAAAACAAGGACACCAGCCAGGAAUAGCAGAGCAAAACAGCAGCCAGGAGGCUUGGUCUUGAUUGAAGACUGUCGCCACAGGACUCCCACCUGCCACCAGGUGAAGCAAGAGGGAAGCCCCAAACAAAAGAGAACCCAAACUUUUAUUAGCUGCUAAUCCUCAUGUUACCCCCCUCCCCAAACUACAUCACGGUUACAUCAUGAAAGGGGAGGUCUGGCGGCAGUAAUCUGAGCAUCCUGGACCCUGCCCCAUGGUUCCCCUUGCCCUCCACCAAACACCCAUCAAGUGUAACAAAAAAUAUAUCUACAUUUCCCUGUUUCCCAGCCAAGUUCAUCACACCCUUUUGUCUUCAUCUGGGUUUGUUAUUUCUGGAAUGGCCACCUGUCUGGCACUCAGGUAUCAGGAUGCCAGGAAUUAUCACUCGGGCAGAGGGGCUUCUGAGCAGCUGAGCUCACAGGUCUAUAUGAAUUUCUGAAGUUUUCCCAGUGAGCCAGCACAGAGAUCCAUUGAUCAGUGAAUUCUUACAUUUGGUGUUGUGCAGCAAAGGCCCUUUGAAUAGAUAGGAAGAAACUGCGACGAAGUGUUUUGUGGGGACAAAUCACAAAAGUCCCAAAAGAGAUUGUGCUGGUUUUGGUAGUGGGCUGCAUGUGCAUGAUAUCUGCUGGAGGGGCAACCCCCCCCCCCAAACCUAUACAUAAAUCCCUGCAACACCACCUACUGCAUCAUACAGUCGUACGCUGUGGCCGCUGCCGGCACUGAUUUCUUCUCCUCCCUCCUUUCCCAGGAAACAAUAUGCAGGCAUUACUACCGGAUCAAGCUGAAACCAGACCAGUUCCCCUCUUACCUGACUUCACCGGAAGUGGGCUUCUGCAGCUAUGAAUUGGUGGCUACACCCAGGAACACAUCGAAAGGUAUCAAGCCUCUGAAGUGAACCUCUGGGUGGGAGCAGGAAGAAGGGGAGCCCCACCUCACGUGUUUAUAAGGCGAGGGUCUAGAGGGGUGAGGUUUGCAGCCUUCAGUUGUGCUGCCCUGAGAAGCUCUUAAAUCCUGGGCUAGGCUUGGCUCUGAGCUGAAUUGCAACAGGCCCUGAGAGUUUUCAAAAAGAGAGAGAAAUGGAGGGAGGGUCUAGAUUGUGAGACUGGACAGAAUGGAAGCAGAUAACCUGCAUUUUGGGGGUGGGGAGGGGAACCACUGGAAUACAGUGGUACCUUGGGUUACAUACGCUUCAGGUUACAUACGCUUCAGGUUACAGACUCCGCUAACCCAGAAAUAGUGCUUCAGGUUAAGAACUUUGCUUCAGGAUGAGAACAGAAAUCGUGCUCCGGCAGCAGCAGAAGGCCACAUUAGCUAAAGUGGUGCUUCAGGCUAAGAACAGUUUCAGGUUAAGUACGGACCUCCGAAAUGAAUUAAGUACUUAACCCGAGGUACCACUGUACAGAGACCACAGCAUAUGAUUUGAAUGAGGGGAAAUGAUGUUUGGGAACAGCUUUUGCUGAAAGAACGGCACUUUGGGAAAGGGAGCUGUGGCCUAUCCAUGCCCAUCUGAAUUGUGCCAUUUUGAGCACACAAAGCUGUCAAUCAGACCUUGUGCUCCACCUUCCCUUCCUCCCCCUUGGUUCCAUCAAUCCUCCGCAGUGCCCCCCAACCCAGCCACGAUGGGCAGGGUAUCAAUUAUAAAAUUAUUGCAGUGGUACCUCGGGUUACAGAUGCUUCAGAUUACAGACUCCGCUAACCCAGAAAUAGUACCUCGGGUUAAGAACUUUGCUUCAGGGUGAGAACAGAAAUCGUGCUCCGGUGGCAGCGGAAGGCUCUAUUAGCUAAAGUGGUGCUUCAGGUUAAGAGCAGUUUCAGGUUAAGAACAGACCUCUGGAACGAAUUAAGUACUUAACCCGAGGUACCACUGUAUUACCCUGCAAUGAAACCCAACCCGUUAUGCAUAGUGGCAGUUUGCACACCCACUAAGGAAGCGAAUGGCGCAGCCGAGUUCAAAACGGUAGCAAUUAAUUGCACGUCCGUUCAAAGCCCAAUUAAAACUUAAUGGGUUCGAUUCGACAAAAUGGACGAGCGAGCUUCAUUCCGUGAUGGCAGCUUUCCAAAGUCUUGAUAAGCCACUGAGAUCUCCAGAGGCCAUGGAGUUAAUUCCACUGCCCUCCAUGUGGGGGCAGCACCACCCCCUUUGGGAAGCACUGCUCUAGAGGCCCCUCUUCCAGGCUUCCUGAGGUUUUUCAAGGGGUCGGGGGCUUCUCAACGCACCCUCUGCCACCUCCUUAACUCUUCUCCUCUUCCCCGCAGGAUUCCAGCGACCCAUCUAUCUCUUCCACAAGGCCGGCCCUGGCGCCCACUGAGAGCGUCUCUGCCGCUGACGCCUCGCCCCUCCUUUUCGAAUCAGCCACUUGCUGGGGCCGGGGGGGGGGGGCUAACGCGACCCCCCUCACGGAUGAAUGUUGGACACUUUGCUGGCAGAGGGGAGAGCCUUUCCUCCCGGCCAGGACGGAGCAAGCCAGACUUCAAAGACAGCCAGAGACUGCAGUGGGGCAGCGGAGAUUCGCCCUGGAGCAGGACCUUGACUACUGUUAUGGGGUGGGGUGGGGGGUUGAGAGGUUAUGGGGUGCACUCCAGGGGGGUGGCGUUUGCACCGAGGUGUCGUUUUCUUAGUCCCUGGAGCGGGGAGAGCAUGGGCUGCAGCUCCCCCACCCCCAAUAUGUCGGGUGCUCAGCUCCCCGUCGCUCAAGCCAACAGUUUAGCAACAUCUGGGGGGGAAGAGGCAGGGUGGGCAGCUGGGAGACCGGAUGGCUGGGAGUUUUAGCAUAGCAGAAGAAGUUCUUUCUCUGUCCCUUUUGCCAUUUCCUGUUCAAGAGGCGUCCACGUCCCAGCGGGCGCCUUCUGGGCGCUGCUGUGCUACAACUCCCACCAGCACCGCAGCCAGGGAGAGAGAAGAAUUCAAAAGCUGGUGCAAAAGGGGGGCAUCUGCGGCACUGAUCGUCCCUUGAUAGCUUCAGGUUGGGUUGGAAGAACAACAGGGAAACCUAGCCUUUCUUUGCUGCUUCCACCCACCUCCUGCAAAGGGUGUCUUAACAUCUGUAUUGGGGAGCGGGUGGGGCGCUCCCCUGCCUUGGCCAGCAGCAGAUGUUCAAGGCCUCCCCUCUCCCUGCUCCAGAGUCCCCGGGGCAACGAGGAUUCUGCCCCCACACAGCCAGCAGGAAGACGCAUGCCUGGAUUGCGGACGUACCCUGCCCAUCUUCAAGUCUGAUGCCUUGCUCAGCAGAGUGUUGCCUUCAGCGUGUGACGGGGAGACGACUUUUAACAACACCACCACCAUCUUGUUUCCCACGAAAAAAACACCACCUUUCUGGGGGACCUUUCUGCCUUUUUGGGGGUGUAUCUGAAGGGGACCCCUUCUCUGGAGUUCUUUCUUUAAAAAAAAAAAGUUGAUUCUAUAUAUAAAUAAAAGCCUACGGAUUAUUACCA